AAAGUUGCCAUUGAGGUAAAGCGCUGCUUUGACAUAGGAGCAUUCGCACCACUGUGGGGAUUUUCGCUAUCAAAACUAACAAUAUAUUUCCUUCUUUUUUCGUAAAAUCCAAACGGACUCCAUUUUCCACGGAAACCCGUUGAGGAAAUACAUAUUCCAGUUGUUUUGACUGUUUAACCGCCAAGUAGCGACCGCGGCGAGUCAAGUGGGAACUCUUCACAGCAAUUAACUUGUGUGGAUAUGUUUCUGACGCUCUCGCUGAGAACCGACAGUUUGCGGCUCUGUGGCUUUGUUAUCCUUUUGAUUUGAUUGAGUUGGUGGGCUCUUUGUACCUGGAAUACUCCGACUAAACCUGAAGACAAACGCCGGAGUGCCUGAGGUGGAUUCGAGGUUUCUCCUUUCUUUCUCACCUGGUUCGUACCCUUUUAUCUAAUGAGACGUUUGCCGUGCAUACACGGUUGAUUUGCGGCCGCUGGAGCGCACCGAGAGGCAAGGACCGAGAGACAGCGAGGAAACGGUCUGUAAAUUAAUUCAGAUCAGCAAGCAGGGGGUCGGUCGGUGUCUCUGAGAAAUAAACGAUUGUUGGCCAUCAUAAACAAGGCGGAUGGAUUUGUUUCCUUGAUCCGGAGCUUUAUAAACAUACCCCUGUUCUUUGAUUCCUCCUUGGCGGGGUUUGAAGCGCUCCUUCCCCCGGAGAGAGAAGAUGUUUCCCCAGGGGCGACACCCGACACCGCAUCAGGCUCCAGGCCAGCCCUUCAAGUUCACCAUUCCAGAGUCACUGGACCGGAUAAAGGAGGAGUUCCAGUUUCUCCAAGCACAGUAUCACAGUCUUAAGCUGGAGUGUGAGAAGCUGGCCAGCGAAAAAACAGAGAUGCAGAGACACUAUGUCAUGUACUAUGAGAUGUCAUACGGCCUCAACAUUGAAAUGCAUAAGCAGACUGAGAUUGCCAAGAGACUAAACACCAUCUGUGCGCAAGUCAUUCCCUUCCUGUCACAGGAGCAUCAGCAGCAGGUGGUUCAAGCUGUGGAGCGGGCCAAACAGGUGACCAUGGCAGAGCUUAACGCAGUCAUCGGGGUACGUGGACUGCCAGGUCUUCCACCUACACAGCAACAUCUAUCCCAUAACCAUGGCGGCGCUCCAGUUCCCCUCACCCCUCAUCCCGCCGGCCUGCAUCCUUCUCAGCUAGGUGGUUCAGCAAGUCUCCUGGCGCUGUCAGGAGCACUUGGUUCUAUUCCUCCCCAUCUGGCAGGAAAGGAAGGAAGUGAGAAGAAGCCUCACCUUGGUGGGCCGGAUUCUCACGCUGCAGGACCUGAUCACCUCAGGGAGCGAGAACCUGGCACAAGCAACUCUUUGCUUCCAGAAAGUUUGAGAAACUCGGAUAAGCGCCGCAACGGUCCUGACUUUCCUAAUGACACCAAGAAACGCAAAGUGGAGGAUAAGGAUUCCAGCCAUUAUGAUAGCGAUGGAGAGAAAAGUGAUGACAACUUGGUCGUGGAUGUGUCCAAUGAGGAUGCAGCUUCUCCUCGCGGCACACCGCUUCCGUCCCCCAGAGAAAAUGGCUUGGAUAAGGCACGUCUUCUCAAAAAAGAUCCUUGUAGUCCAGCCUCGACCGCUUCAUCGGCCAGCUCCUCUUCUCUCAAGUCCAAAGAGAUGGCAAUGCGAGAUAAGGCUGGGACCCCUGGUUUAAAGUCUAGCACUCCGACACCCAGAGGCGACUCUACACCUGGUCCGAGCUCCACUCCUGGGGUCAGACCAAGCCUAUCGAAACCACCAUCGAUGGAGAUACCCCAUCCACCAACUGCAGGUCUGCGGACUCCUCUGGCGGUACCAGGCCCAUAUCCCGGUGCCUUUGGGAUGCUCCCCCACGCAGCAGGAAUGAAUGGAGAGUUAGCGGGUGCAGCUAGUGCUGCUGCUUAUGCUGCAGGCCUGCACAACAUGUCACCUCAGAUGAGUGUGGCUGCUGCAGCCGCCGUAGCGGCGUACGGUCGUUCACCGAUGGUUGGGUUUGAUCCUCACCCUCACAUGCGAGUUCCUGGAAUGCCCCCGAGUCUUACAGGGAUUCCUGGCGGAAAGCCUGCAUACUCCUUUCACGUUGCAGCAGACGGACAGAUGCAGCCAGUUCCUUUUCCCCCAGAUGCUUUGGUGGGACCUGGAAUCCCUCGUCACGCCCGCCAGAUCAACACGCUGAACCACGGAGAGGUGGUGUGCGCCGUCACCAUCAGUAACCCCACCCGCCAUGUUUACACAGGGGGAAAGGGAUGCGUCAAGGUCUGGGACAUCAGUCACCCUGGAAAUAAAAGCCCCGUCUCACAACUCGAUUGCUUGAACCGAGACAACUACAUCCGCUCCUGCCGUCUCCUCCCUGACGGUCGAACACUCAUUGUGGGCGGUGAGGCGAGCACGCUGUCCAUCUGGGAUUUGGCCACGCCCACCCCCAGGAUUAAAGCAGAGCUGACAUCAUCAGCACCUGCAUGCUACGCUCUGGCCAUCAGCCCCGACUCCAAAGUGUGCUUCUCCUGCUGCAGUGACGGCAACAUUGCAGUCUGGGAUUUACACAACCAGACACUUGUUAGGCAGUUUCAGGGUCACACAGAUGGAGCCAGCUGCAUCGACAUCUCCAACGAUGGCACCAAGCUGUGGACAGGAGGUCUGGAUAAUACUGUUCGCUCCUGGGAUCUCAGGGAGGGACGGCAACUGCAGCAACAUGACUUUACUUCUCAGAUCUUCUCUCUUGGCUACUGUCCGACGGGAGAAUGGCUCGCUGUUGGAAUGGAGAGUAGCAACGUGGAGGUCCUUCAUGUCACCAAGCCUGACAAAUACCAGCUUCACCUACAUGAGAGCUGUGUUCUGUCCCUGCAGUUUGCUUACUGUGGAAAAUGGUUUGUGAGUACAGGGAAGGACAACCUGCUGAAUGCAUGGAGAACACCCUAUGGAGCCAGUAUUUUCCAGUCUAAAGAAUCCUCCUCGGUGCUAAGCUGCGACAUAUCUGUGGACGACAAGUACAUCGUUACCGGAUCAGGAGACAAGAAGGCCACUGUUUACGAAGUCAUCUACUGAAAAUAUAACAAAACCCACAAACCUUUACAGAAUUCUGAUAAUGUUCACCUCCACUCAUGAAAAGGGGCGUGCACAUUUUUCUUUUCCAUCUACUGAAAAGACACAGAUAUUUGAUCUGCAGAUAUUUAUUGUGCCUGUGAACAUGCCUCCGUAACCACUGGGAACCUUUGUGGAGCGGUAUGUUGCUGGUUGAGGACGAGGAACCGUAAAGCUGUUGGCAGUUUCUGCUUUCUGAGAUGGACCAGCUGCUGGUCGGUGACCAAUGGGGAACUCUGUCAGACCGGCCCCCAGUCUGCUGAUGAACACUAAACUCACUGUAACAACCAGAGGGAGAUGCGGAAAAGAGAAAUGAGCAGGACAGGCGGAAGAAAACCAACAGGUGGACGUUUUACAGUGUGUACAAUAUAAGCUGUUCUGUGUUUUACUUCAGAGAUCAGUCUGUUGAACUUCCAGCAUUGACAUUGAUGACUUUUGACCCCGGCUGGCGUUCCUGACACCUACCAUCUAAGAUGUCUUAACAGUAACUCAUUUUUUUACUAACUGCACUGUAGCAGUAGCGGUCCACCCAUGCACUGUACUUUUUAUCGAUAAAAUGACUCAAAUGGAUGUUUUGAUUUAUUUAACACAACGAUACCACAAACGAGCCGCAAUGACAUAAUUCACACAAGUUUCAGACAUGGAAAAAUGUAAAAGGUGUCCAUUGUCUGAAGAAUUUUCAGUGUUACAAAGGGACCUAAUGGGGUUUAUAAAUGGGGGGGAUAUUGCUUCUCUAAUCCUGUUUUGAAAGAACAAUUGGUGAAAAUCUAAAGUAAGAGUUUAAGGGAUUUGAUUUAAUCCUCAAAUUCCAUUAAUGCCCUUUUCAUAAUUUGCCCUUUUAGCAUCUAAUUUCUACCUUACAUUUUCUCUCUUAACUCACUGUUUUCUCCAGGGUAUUUACUAAAGUUUAAAGCUGUUUAUCAGUGAAAAGAGCAGUCUUACUGUGAUUUACUUUUUAUUUCCUAGAACUUACUCUAUUUGAGCUUAAGAGUCCACAGACUUGUUCCGUUAAACGUUCAUUCCCAUCAAGCCUCUGCAAAACACUCAAUGUCUUAUUGUUUGAAUAGUUUACGCUUUGUAAACUGGAACCAACUAUGAUUAUUCUGUCAGCUGGGUUAAUCUUCCUGAGUUAGCUGGUAUUUUUGGUUUUAAGAAAAGACCAUAAAUAGUAAACAAAUGAUGCAAUGUCUGUCAGAUAGUGUCACUUGUUCUAACAUGUUGAGAUAAAAUACUACCGUGGUGGUGGGGGGGGGUCUCUCUUUGCGAAGCAUAUAUUAACAGUAGAAGAUUAAAUUAUUGAAGUCAUACUUCAGGUUAAGGAGGAAUUUGUCAUUUUUACAAAACUCAUUACCUUGUCUCUUUUUUUUGGUCUGUAAAAAUGUAUAUAUCUUUUUUUUCUUUCCUACCAGACAUGCUGUAGAAAUGACAAAUUGUUUUUGUACAUGUUUUACAUUUAAUCAGGAAUAAUUCUAAAUGGUUUUAAAGUAGCGAAAUGAUCGAUUCGUCUCAAUAAAUGUGAGUUUUUUUAA